GCAUGUUACAGGUGAAAGACGCUCCGUUUAACUUUGAAAGUAAAUAUGAUAUUCAGAACGAUACGGAGGGGUUCCAGUCACGCGGUUCGGAAGUUCCUGUGCUGAUUGGCUCGCGGUAAGUGUCGAUGCAGUGAUGUCUUGAACACUGUUCCAGGCACGAAUGGACCAUUCCAUGUUUUCCGCUUUCCGAGACAGAUACCGAGGGAGCCAGUAGCAUCAGUGUUGGAUGGCUUGGUCCGGUCGAGAGAGGGCGGCCCGGUCCGGGCACAUAUGAUUCCGAUUCCGAGUCCCCUAAUAGAAACCGCAACGGAGCGCUCGUACGAAUCUACUACUACUUGUACGGACCAUAUCCUUCGUUACUAACCCAGUUUACCACGCAAUGUCCGAUACAGCACCUCCAAAAUGGCGCGUCGUCGUGGGCUGCGAUGAUGCUGGUGUCCAAUACAAGAACGCGCUGAAAGCCGACCUGGAGAAGGAUCCUCGAGUCUCAGAGGUCAUCGACGUCGGCGUUGUCGAUUCGAACGAGAAGACAGCGUACCCCCACGUCGCUGUCACAGCCGCAAAGAAGAUUGUCGCAGGCGAGGCUGACCGUGGGCUGUUGAUCUGUGGAACUGGCCUUGGCGUCGCCAUUUCUGCCAACAAAGUCCCUGGUAUUCGCGCCGUCACGGCUCACGACAGCUUUUCGGUGGAACGGGGUGUUCUGAGCAACAACGCUCAAGUUCUUUGCAUGGGCCAGCGCGUCAUUGGUAUUGAACUCGCCCGUCGCCUCGCCAAGGAAUGGCUGGGCUACGUUUUUGACACCAAUUCUGCUUCGGCAGCAAAAGUCGAUGUAAUUUCUCAAUACGAGACCGUCCCUGGCGCGUGUUCAUAAUCAUAGCAAUAGAAUCAUUGUAUCACCUGUACCAUGGCUCCGUCCUAUACAUGAUGUCCCACAUCUAAGUGGCAUAACUUCGUUCCGCAGAAAGGAAGGCAUCCCGGUCUCCACGGAGAAGCAAGCUGAAAAGAAAGGAAAAUGUGGAGUAGGCGCUGAUAGGCGCUCUUCCUUGACACGCGUACGGUGGUUCAAAUCAAAGUCAAGCGAGCGGACUGGUCUGCCGCCCUGGGAAAUCGGAU